AUGGCCGGUCCCGCGGCCAGCAACCUCUGCGUCUACAAGCAGGCCGCUGCUCCGAUCAUCGAGACGUCGUGUUCGGGCGGCGUGGGGCUGCUCUUCAUGUUCGGGCAGACCGGCAGCGGCAAGACCCACACCAUGCAUGCGGUCCACGAGCUCGCGGCGUUGGAGAUUUUCGGCAGCGAUCCGGCUGCCGUGGGUGUGCAGUUCCUCGAGCUUCGCGGGGACAAAGCCUUCGACCUCCUGGCGAAUCCGGAAGGAAAGAGCAAGACCUUCCCCGAGCUGCGCCUGCGGGAGCACGCCGGCGCCUAUCACGCCGAAGGAGCCAUGGAGCUCUCUCCGCGCUCUCCAGAGGACAUGCAGGUGGUGCUGGAGACGGCGCACGCUCGACGGAGGACCGCAAGCACGGGAGCCAAUGCGGUGUCCUCCCGGAGCCACGCGGUCUGCUUGCUGCGGAUCCAGAGAAAGGGGCCUGAGGAAAGCCGGGAGCCAACCGGGCCCAAGGGGCUGCUUGGGCCCAGAGCCGGUCUGCUGGUGCUGGUGGACUGCGCCGGCAGCGAGCGGAAGAAGGAUUCCAGGGGCCACUCCAAGGAGCAGCAGCAGGAGAGCGCGGAGAUCAACGCCUCGCUCGGGGGCCCAGUGCCAAGAGCUGCAGAGAACGGGCACAGCUGGCGUGCCCUCGGAGCUCCGAGGCUCUAUGCUUUGAAGGCUGGCGGUGAUUUGCACGGUGUCGCCUUGCGCGUGACGACGCUUCGAUUGGGCACAGCGCUGGCGGGAUGCUGUGAGCAGGAAGAGAAGGCGCGCAGACCUUCGACAGAUCACUCACAUCACACUUUACACAUCACUUGCAACUUCUUUUCUCGCGUCCUGCGCCUGAUCAGGAUUUCCUGGAGCAAGUGCCCUCGGAACGGCGCGGGCCGUCGAAGACUCCAAAGCAGUGGACGCCGGAGAGCCGCCCCUCACGAAUCAUUUUCUAUCCUCAAUGGGCGAGAGGGAGGGAGAGAGCGAGAGAGAGCGAGAGAGAGUGCCUGCAGGUCCUGGUAG